AUGUCCAGUCGGUGCUCCUCACGGGGAAGCAGUUGUCAAAUUGUUGAGGACGUAACGGUUGUGCGCCGCCGGCGGGUUUCACUGAGUUCCACCGAUUCUGAACCAUUCGUUAAGCGUGUGAGAACUGAAGCGUCUCCUACUGGAGCUUCAGUUUAUGAAGCCGAUGAUGCCGACAGCAUUUCAUCUGGUGAUGGGCGCUGCGGUGGGAAUCGCGCGUGUCCACCACCUUUUGUGGGAUUAAACGACACGGCGGAGCCUCCGGAAGAGGCAGUUAAUUUGUACGGUAAAAAUGGGGAGCCGCUAUAUGAAAUUCCGUUGGAAUGCAUUUCGGGUGUUCAUGUGGCUGUUGUAACGGCUCUUUUCCCGCACCGCCCAGGCAGUAGAGUUUCCACUUCCACUUCUACUUGUGGUGCUGCUGUCGCUGCCACUGCCAGCACUGGCGUUAAAUUUCAUAGUUGUCACGGUAUUAGCAACACCACCGAAGGCAACAUUUACCAUAAUAGUAGUGAUAAGAACUACAGCAAUAAUAAUAAUAAUAAUAAUAUUAAUAGUAAUAAUAAUAAUAAUAACCGCAUUACUAACAAGGAUAUCGAAAGCAGCGUCACUACUGUUUCUAGUGGAAAUAGUAACAACAGCUGGUGCAUGGUGGUUGCCGAUAGCGUGCCCGGUAUUUUUGUGCUGGACUGUGGCACACGUGUUUGUCUUCCCGAUGGCGCGGUUGUUGGAGUUGUUACUGCGGUUAUGGGUCCCGUGAAUGCGUGCGUCUACGCGAUUUUAUGCAACGGUGACGUCUUUUCCCGCCUGCAUGCGAGCGGUCGACUGGAAGCAGGUACGGGACUUCAUUAUGAUUUGGGGGCUCAGCACAUUAUUUCCAAUCCAGCAGAACAAUGUGACACCACCCGAGGGACGGAUGCGAGUUAUGUAAACGAUGAAGAGCUGCCGUUUAAUGCAAGACCCGACUUUUCUGAUGACGAGGAGGAGCGGCGGUGGAAGAUGGAACGACGUGCCAAAAAGGCAGAAGGUCACUUCCCACCAUCAGUGAGCGAUGAUGAUCUUAGCGAGGAUGAACGGGUUGAGGUGGAUUGGGUUAAGCUUGCUGAAGUUGAAGACUAUUUGCAGGGGAUCCGUGACGCACCUGCCGUACACAAUAACAGUUUUUGUGCUGGGAAUGCGGUCGGAAAUGGUUUCUGCCCCGUUUCUGUUCGUGUCGGGGUGGAGGGAAAACCACCAGAGGUGAAGCAAGUUUCCAACACCGUGCGCGUGGUGGUUCCUUCUUGGAUUGCGAGGUGA